CCAAAUGCACCCAGCCUCAAUCCCUCUCUCUCUCUGCCUCUCUAUUCUGAUGCUACCUCGGCACCAUCAGCAGCUGGGCUUCGGGGUUCGCCUUGCUGCCUGAUGCCACCGGUAUACGCAGACAUUCUUAAGACUAUGGAGAGAGUAUCGUCGCUUGGAACGUGCACUCGUCGUCUCCGGUUCAUUCAAUACCUACCUAGUCAUUGUUAUCCGCUAAGAGCAUUUUCACAUGUCUCGUGUCUCGUUCUAGACUGCUGGUGGGCUGCUUGCCGUCAUCAGUGAACCCGAUGGAUGCGGCCGGACUGGCCAUCAGUCUCUCUGGGGCUGUAUUGAAGCUCGUUAUCUUCUCCCUUGACUUUAUAAGUGAUGUGAAGCAAGUGUACACACGGGGUGCGACCGACCUCAACCUGGACCUGUCGACUGUAGCCGAGAGCGUGGCACUUGCGACGACAAGCCUUGAAAAUCAGCUUGCUGCUACUGAUGGCAACAGCAUUGGAGAAAGUCAGGAACUAGAUCCGGACGAAGCAAGACUCAAGAGCUUAUCCAUGCGCGCAACUGAAAUCAGCCGAGAGCUCGUGUACAAACUUAACAAGGUUACUACGGAUAAAAGGUCUACCUGGAAGAGCCUCAAAACUGCCGCAUUAGGCUUGUGGGAUGCGGAUGAGAUUGAAAAGACCGAGAAGCGUCUCAACGCCAUCAAAGACGAGAUCCAGUUUACUAUCCUCGUGAGCAUACGUAACAAGAUCAACCAGUCUCCUGAUGAUGACAAUUUCCGAAUCCUAACCACUCUCGAGGAGGUUGUAGAGAAGCAAGCACAGUCAAAGGAGGACAGCGCACACUUGAUUGAGCUGCUCAACGAUGCAGAUAGAGUUGGCCGAGGGCGUCAUGAGGAAUUGGUCAAUCUAGGAAACCAUCUCUUACGCGCGAUUGGUGCCUUAUCAAAUGCCAACUCGCCGUAUCCUACCCCUCUUCCUUUGGUCCCAGUUAGUUUACACGAUGACAAAGCCCGCCAGGCAGCCGAGGCAAUUAUCCUCAAUUCCCUCUGGUACCCAAGCAUAUGCGAUCGCGAAGAGACAAUUCAUGAAGCUCACGCCAAUACCUUCAAAUGGAUCUUUGAGGACCCUGAGACAACGGGAAAGGAAUGGGGCAACUUCGUGAAUUUUCUCCAGGGGGAUAGUUCAAGUUAUUGGAUAACCGGUAAACCCGGAUCUGGGAAGAGUACAUUGAUGAAGUAUAUCAACCAGACGCCGAAAACACAAGUCUUGCUUCAACAGUGGUCGGGCGAGAAUCCUCUGAUUUACUUAUCUCAUUAUUUUUACUACGGUGGUGGCAACUACCAAAAGUCAGAAAUGGGACUCUUCAAGUCCUUGCUGCAUUCCAUUUUGGACAAGAGACGCGAACUUCUUCCCAUUGCGUUCAAGGAUAGGUUUCAGGCAGCUCUCGAGGGGAAGAAACACCAUGAUCCGACCCUCCCAGAAGCAAGAAGAGCGCUGGUUGAUUUAAUACGGCAUAGUCCAAAUAUCAACUUCUUUUUCUCCAUUGAUGGUCUCGACGAGUUCGACCCUCAGGUUUCCACGACGCAUGUUCAAAGCUUGAUAGACUUCACGCAUUUUCUCGAGAAGUGUGACAAUGUCAAAAUACUCGUAUCGAGCCGCCCAUUGCCUGAAUUUGAGCGCGGCUACAGCGGUCGGCCCUUUUUGAAGGUCCAGGACCUCACAAGAGAAGAUAUUCGCCGGUAUGCACACGAGAAACUUAUGGAUCAUCCAAGAAUGAAAAUGCUUGAGAGGAAGGACCCGGAGAGCACCGGUUCUCUGCUAAAUUCAAUCGUGGACUCCUCUCUUGGCGUCUUCCUCUGGGUUCGCGUGGUAACCGAAUCUCUCAUUGAGGGUCUCACAAACUAUGAUGAUAUUGACGACUUGAAACAAACUUUGCAAGGCCUUCCAUCAGAUAUCCAUGCUCUAUAUCGUACAAUUCUGGAAAGAAUGAGGCCUAUUCACAAGCCGAAAGCCGCGCGACUCCUUGGCAUCGUACAUAAUGCGCUGCAGCACGGACAAACUCUUUGCCUUCUCGACUUGUGGUUUGCCGAUAGUGCUGAUAAUGACAUGGUAUUCAAUACUGCGGUCGUACCCAUUCCGGAUGAAGACUUCUGUGAUAGGGUUGACGAGCUUGAAACCCGUUUGAAAAGCCAGUGUUUAGGACUGAUAGAAACGGAGCUAUGUUCACCUAAUCAAAAAACGCAUCCAGGUCGGGAAUCUCCAAGGAUCCGCCACCCACCAAAUGGCGAUAAAACCGUGUUAGCAAGGUUUCUUCACCGAUCUGUUUUCGAGUUUUUGAGUAACGAGGAUAUAUGGAGUGAAGUUGUGGAAAAGUACUUGGAGCGCAAAUUCAGUGCUGCCUUAUGUCUAUUUCGAAGCAGCAUCCUACUAAUCAAAACAUAUCGACUAUAUUCGGAUGUUAAGUGGAUGGAAAUUAUAUCCAUUGCUCAAUGUGCAGGGGAUCGCGCCAAAUACGCCGAGAAUGAGACGAAACAAUCUCAUUGCAAGCUUGUUCAUGAGCUCGAUCGGGCCAUGCAUGAUCUCAUGCCAUCGGUGUACCAAGCAGCAAACAAUCAAAACGAUAUGACUAAAGGACUAACUUUACUUCUUGGUCGCGAAUAUCACUGGUCAGUAUGGUGUCGACACGAGCUCUUGUUCGCUGAUCAUUCCCACUACCGAGACCUCAGACCGCUACAUGAUAGAACGCAUGGUUCCUUGAUGGCAUUCGCGGUCGAAAAUGCCUUGGUAGGUUACAUAAGAAGCCAGAUCUCUGAGAAAGGCCGACAGGUACUAGAUAAAAAAGGACUUCCUCUCCUGGGAUAUGCCAUGAUGCCCAUCAGCGGUUCGAGGUACUGGAUAUCACCUGAAACUAUACAACUCCUACUCGAAGAAGGAAGCAAUCCGAAUCAGACGUAUAACGGCACAAGCUUGUGGGAAUGGUACUUGUGGACGAUGUAUGUAUUUCGGCAAGGUUUUGAAGGCUUCAAAUAUGAAAUAGAGACAUGGGCUACUCAUCAACGCAUCAAAGCAAUGGAGGAGCUCCUACUAUCUGGGGUGAACCCUAACGCACGCAUGAUAUACCUUUCAAGGUACGAAGGGUCAGAUUGGAAGACGGAUUGGAAUUUACCAUGGACUCCUGCAACCUUCACGCGCGGCUCUUCAAGCAUUUGUACGUUGCUGUCGGCAUUUCUGCGAGAACACCAGGCGUGGAAGGAUAAGAUUAUAGAUGCCUGGACUGACCACCCAGAGUGGAUCGGCAUAAUUGGUGAAACACUAAAAAGAAUCAUAAUUCUUCUCCGGGAGCGUGGUGCUGUAGAAGAGGAAUGGGAAAAUGUCAGCGAGAUGAAGCAAGUUUUUGUUGAUGUUUACCAGAAGAUGACCGAUAAAGAGCCCCUCCUUUUAGAUGAAGAUGACGCGAUACCGAAACCAGAAGAGGAGAAUUUAACUGAAAACAAGACUUCCGAUGUGCUGCUGGAAAUGACAACAUCCGAGGCCUCGGUGACACCGGAAAGUCAAGUUGAGUCAAAUUUGCUCAACGUGACGGACGCGGGCCGUGGUGAUAGUGAGCAGACGACCCUCGCAGCAAAUGAAGAAACGAGACAAGUUGAACCCGUGUCACCCAUUCCGGCUGACAUUGUUAUCCGAUCUAAGAAGGGGUGGAGAAAGAGCUUUGACAGAAUGAUUCAAAAAGUCAAGCAUCGUCUAUGGUGACGAGAACACAGACAAGAUCUGAGGAUUCUGGCAUCUGAUUUCGUUUAAUCGGAUUGUGGAAUUUGGAUGCAGAUUUCAAUUGGAAUAUGUCAAAACAGGACUCAGGGAAAUCGAAAUUACACAAUUUGGUUUCAACUUCUUUAAUUAUUUGAAUGAAAAUGACGAGCAUAUAGGAAACGGGCUAUAUCCCUUGUUCUUAUGUACAAUCACCCUCUUAUACAAGCCUAUUCAUCUAUCUGCGAAUUCAAACAUCACUUCUCCGCUACGCUCACCAAUGUCCAUCGUUAUAGUGCUGCUUGCUGAAGUGCAUCGCCCGU